UCUCCGGUCUAUACCAACUUGGAGGUCCCGGACACUAUGUCCAUGUUUUCACACAGUCCAUGGGUUGCCGCUUGGUGGGAGGAAGACACGUAGUGAAACUGAUGUACAAGAGAUCAGCAGGACAGCAGCUAAUGAACCAAAGGUCUCACACAUUACCAGAAAAAAGCUUACUUCAGCAUUGAAAAAAUAAGGUGGAGACAAGACCAAGGUAGCCAAUAUGGAGUCGGUUCCAGAGGCAGUGGAUGAGUUAGAAUUAGAUGAUGACAGACCAAAGAGACAAACAAGUGCAGUUACGGCUGAUGAACUGGAGAAGGCAGAUGGGUCGAUGCAGAUGAUAAGCCCCUCUCACACUUCAGUCUGUGUUGAUCUGAAUGCUAAAACAGGUGCAACUGUAAAUGCUCCUGUACUCACUGGAAACGUCAUCCAGGGCUCAGUAAUCUUCAGCUUCAGCUCAGCCACUGGUGCUGUCGAAGGGCACCAAAAUCCACCUGAAGGACAUAUGUCUCUGAAACAAGAGCAUGACGUCUUGCAGAAAAUCGUGGAAAGUCACAAAGACGACAUGAAGGCCAAAAUGGGGCGUGUAUAUGAGGGCAAAAAGGAGAACAAAACACACCUCAGCAAAGUGUACACUGAACUCUUCAUCACUGAAGGGGACAUUACAGACGUCUAUGAUGAACAUGAGGUUGUGAAGAUCGACCGAGCCGUGAAAACGCCCAAAUUUGAGGACACACCGAUCGACUGCAACGCCAUAUUCUGUUUACUGAAGCAAAAGGAAGAGGGAAACAUUGUGCUGACCAAAGGCAUCGCUGGCAUCGGAAAGACGUUCUCCGUGCACAAGUUUAUCCUGGACUGGGCCGAAGGAAAAGCCAAUCAGCAUGUGGACUGUGUGUUUCUGCUUCCAUUCAGAGAGAUUAACUUGAUUAAAGAUGAUAAAAAUAUCAGUCUCCAUGAGCUUCUGUUGGAAUUUUAUCCUGAUUUGAAAGAUGUGGAAAAUACCAAGUUUUAUAAAGAAUACAAACUAGCAUUUAUUUUUGACGGGCUUGAUGAGAGUCGCCUGGAAUUGGAUUUUGAUUGUAAAUUGGUCAAAUUUGUCGAUGCACGGUCAUCCAUUGAUGUUUUAUUCACAAGCCUAGUUUCAGGAAAACUGCUUCCAUCGGCUUUUGUCUGGGUGACGUCUCGACCGGCAGCGGCCAAUCUGAUCCCUCCUGAGUAUGUAGGAUUGUUUACGGAGGUGCGUGGAUUCACCGACCAGCAGAAAGAAGAGUAUUUUAGAAAACGGAUUAAAGACAAAGCUCAGGCCUCCAGAAUAAUCUCACAUAUCAGGGCGUCUCGUAGUCUCUACAUCAUGUGCCACAUUCCUGUCUUCUGCUGGAUCACAGCUACCGUUCUUCAGGAUAUUCUUUUAAAAAACGAUGAGCAGGACAUUCCUUCGACUCUCACCGAAAUGUACAUUCACUUCCUCCUCAUUCAGAUGAACAUGAAGAACCAGAAGUAUGAGAAGAAACCUGAAAGAGAUCGCACAAAGCUUUUGAGUUCAAACAAAGACAUGAUCUCAAAAUUGGCUAAACUUGCGUUCGAACAGCUGAAGGGGGAAAAUAUCAUGUUCUACGAGAAUGAUCUGAAAGCCUGCGGCAUUGAUGAAAGCAAGGAGUCCACAGGAUUGUGCACUGAAAUCUUCAAGAAGGACUCUGUCCUGCACGAGAUGAAGGUUUAUUACUUCAUACAUUUGAGUGUGCAGGAAUUUCUUGCUGCGCUGCAUGUGUUUCUUUGCUACUUGAAGCUGGACAUGGGUGUGCUGUCAUUCUUCCUUGAGAAUUUGCGUCCUAAAAAUAAAGAACUGCUGUAUGUUCUGCUGAGGAAGGCAAUCGAUAAAGCAAAGGAGAGCAGGCGAGGACAUUUUGAUCUCUUUCUGCGGUUCUUGCUGGGCAUUUCUCUCCAGUCCAAUCAGAAACUCCUCAUCGGCUUGCUGGACGAAAUGCUGGACAAUAAAAACUCCAUCAAUAAAACCAUCCAGUACAUCAAACAACUGCAAAACAAUGACAAGUGCCCAGAUAAAUCUAUCAACCACUUCUUCUGCAUUCUGGAACUGCAGGACAGAACCCUGUACCAACAAAUCAGGAAAUAUCUGAAGUCAAAGAGUGGCCAGCCAAAAGCGGUUUCCAAGUCCAACUGCUCAGCUCUGGUCUAUGUGCUUCUGAUGUCAGGCGAGGUGCUGGAUGACUUUGACCCAAAGAUGUUCAACAAAACAUAUGCGGGAUGCAGGAGACUCGUCCCAGCCGUGAGGUGCUGCAGAAAAGCUCUGUUUUCAGACUGUGGACUGACAGAGCAGUGCUGUGAAACAGUGGCUUCGGCUUUUCAGCUAGAUGACUGUCCUCUGAGCGAACUGGACCUGAGUCACAAUUACAACAUCGAGGCGGGAGUGAAGGCACUUUCUACUGGACUGAAGAACCCACACUGUCAUCUAGAGACACUCAGGUUGGCCCAGUGUCAUUUCUGCCAGGAGAGUUGUAUGGAGCUGCUCUCCGCUCUCAAUAAUAUCUCACAUCGUCUAAGAGAGCUUGACCUUAGCGGCAAUGGCCUGCAAGACUCUGGACUUGUUUGGCUACUAGAUGAGAUGAUAAAAACAGAGAGAAAACUUGAGAUUCUGAGGUUGAGCUGGUGUAACCUCACUGCGAAGAGUUGUGAGCACCUUUCCUUGAUUCUCAGCUCAGAUCCGCCCCUGAGAGAGCUGGAUCUGAGUAAUAAUAACCUUCAGGAUUCAGGAGUGAAGCUGCUCUGGACUGGACUGGAGAGUCAGAAUUGUCAGCUGCAGAUACUGAGGUUGUCUGGCUGUAUGGUGACAGAGGAAGGCUGUGGUUAUUUGUCUUCAGCUCUGAGUUCAAACCCCUCACACCUGAGAGAGCUGGAUCUGAGCUACAAUCACCCAGGACAAUCAGGAGUCCAGCUGCUCAAACACAAACUGCAGGAUCCAAACUAUAAACUACAGAUACUCAAUGUGGAUAAUGGAGAACAUUUUAGAAUCACACCUGGACUGAGGAAAUAUGCCUGUAAUAUCACACCGGAUCCAAACACUGCACACACUCAACUUGUGUUGUCUGAUGAGAAGAGGAAGAUUAUACAUGUGACAGAACCACAGCCGUAUCCUGAUCAUCCAGAGAGAUUUGAUAGCUGUGAGCAGGUUCUGUGUGUUGAGAGUCUGUCUGGACGCUGUUACUGGGAGGCUGAAUGGACUGGGAAGGGUGCUGAAAUAGUAGUGUCAUAUAAAUGCAUCAGAAGGAAAGGAGUGAGUGAUUGCUGGUUUGGAUACAAUGACAAAUCCUGGAGUCUGUACUGCUGUGCUAAUGAAUUCACUAUAUGGCACAGUAAUGUGAGCAAUAAUAUACCCUUUCCCUUAUCCUCUAAUAGAGUAGGUGUAUAUGUGGAUGUGUCGGCCGGCUCUCUGUCCUUCUACAGCGUCUCUGACACACACACUCUCGCACACUUACACACAUUCAACACCACAUUCACUGAACCCCUCUAUGCAGGGUUUGCAGUUUAUGCUGAUUCUACAGUGUCUCUUUGUCAGGCUGAACAGCUUGCUGUGAGAAACAACUGAGACAAGCUCUCACUUUUCCCAGUAGGCACAUUUGUUCCUCUAUUUUUUUAUAUUAAACAACUAACGCAGUUCUUCAAUCCUGGUCCUGGAGACCCACCACUCUGCAAAUUUUCUCCCUUACUUGAUUCAGAUCAUCAGCUCAUUAGGAGAGAGCUCCAUUAACUGAACUGAAUGUGUUAGAUAAGAGAGACAUACAAAAUGUGCAUAGCAGUGAUUCUUCAGGACUGGGAUUCAAAAGCACUUAAUUUAAAACUAAAAAUUAAAGCUUUGUUGCUUUAACUUAUAGGUCAUCUACAUACUAGUGUACAUCUGAAUGUUGUCCAGACCGGUUUGAUUUUACAAAAUAUAUCUAUAAAAAAUACUAUCACAUUGAAAGAUUGUGUGUGCACAUCCAGGAUUUUGUGAGUACAUAGACACGAUAUUUUUGUUUUGUUGGAGACUCUACAAAUUGAUGCUCGCUGGUAUCUUGAGGAUACAGAUGAUUGUUAAUCCAGAAAGGAGAGUAAAGCUGAAGUAUAUUUAUGAAUUUUUCAGGCCUGUCUGAGCAGAAACACUAGAGGAAUGUUUUUGAUGCCAGGCCUGAUUCAUUUAUUGCAGGAUUGCAAUAAUAUCUGAGAAAAUAAUAUAUUGUUUUUUGUUGUUGUUGUUGUUGUUGCUAAAUCGACAUCUUAUGUUACUGAGAAUAUUUUCAUUUCCCCAUGUUUUGUAUUGGGUUUUUAAAACCAUUUGGUCAAAGAGCCUAAAAAUGUUCUUUCUUGUGCUAACAUGCUUUAUUCAAAUGAAACUAAAUGAUCAAUUACAGCUUUUAUUCAAGUAAAAAAAUGAUUUCCAGUUGAUGAAUAUGACUGACUUCAUUAGGUAGCUGCAGCUCUUUAAUGUAACAGCUGCACAAUUGGGUUACUGGUUUUCUUCACACAUGCAGUGUCUGUGCUGUUACAUCUGCAAAGUUUAGAUUCAGGUCUGAGAACCUCAGAUUAGUUCAUUGAACAUGACUGCAUGCUAACAAACACACAGGAUUUGAACAAUACAAUUAAUAUCUGAACAUUCAACAGGGCUCUGUGUGGUGGGAAAAGCCCUGCUGACUGCACGGUUGUCUGUUACUCACUCAACUGUGUUGGGGUUCCCCAUUUGAUGCAUUUGAUGACUGCUUUUGACAUCAAUUAAUGUGCAGCUCAAAUAAACUGUUUUAAUGUUUAACAUCUUUAAAUUGGAUGCUGUCCGUGUCCGAUUAACAUCACAUAAUUCACCAAUUUCUCUUGAAACACAUGAAAGUAAGUGGCCAUUAACUGGGAGAAAACAAAGUAAGCUUUAUUAAACAACACUGUGUGUAUAUGAUUGGAAUUAAAUGUCAGUUGAAAGGAUUGUUAUUGCCGCUUUCCAUGGAAAUUUGCGUAUUUACCAAGCUAUGAGUUCAUUUUUUGUUGUUGUUGUUGCUAGUACUAGUGCCUGUGCAUUUUAGAGUCUUUAAACAACUUAGCUUCCUCAUAUUUAUCUGAACUGCUUUCCUCACAUAACCUCUCUCAAGAUCUAGUGAUCUUAGAUUGCUCACUGUUCCUAGAGUCAAAUUAAAGAAAAGGGGUGAAUGUGCCUUCACUGUUGUAGGCCCUGAACUCUGGAAUAGCCUGUUCAUGUUAGAUCUGCUGCUACUUUACAGGUUUUUAAAUCUCUACUCACUUUACUUCUCCAUUGUUUACAAUGUCCCCUGAUGUUCCAUCUCUGUACUUGAUUUGUGAUAUUUGUGAUGACAAUUCUGGUUUUAUUUCUUAUGUGUUGUUAUAUAUUUGAAAUGUGGAAAUGAUUUUAGUUUUUAGUUGUGAAUUAUUAUUAUAUUUUUUUUGAUGCUGUAAAUCACACUGGUCAGCUGCUGCUGUUGUAAAUGGAGCUAUAUAAAUAAAUUGAACUUGAACUUAA